AUGGGCCGAUCGAGUUCUCAUUUCUCAUUCGUGUCCAUCUCAUCAAGAAAGAAAAAGGUCCACUUGCGGUCGUCGUCUUGCUUAGUUCGGCCCGGCUGCCUUUGCUCGCUGUCGCCGCUCGCCACUGUAGUCUUCUGCUCCGCAUCCAAAUCUCGAGCUCCCAAAUCUCAGAUCGAACAUCGCAAGUCAACCGCUAUCGCCGAUGGCCGCCUCUCUGCCUCCGCCGGCAGCCGCCAUUUCAAGAUCUUCGCGGCCGCCGACGGCUUCGGCGAGCCGCUCAAGGACGCAGUCGUCGCGCACCUCCGCGCCCACCCCUCCGUCGCCGACGUCGUCGACCUCGGCGUCGACAAGUACUACGCCGCCGCCGCGGCCGUCGCCCGCGGCGUCUCCUCCUCGGCCCCCGACCCCGCGCUCGAGUCCCGCGGCGUCGUCGUCUGCGGCACCGGCGCCGGCGUCACCAUCUUCGCCAACAAGUACCCCGGCGUGUACGCCACCCACUGCAGCUCCGCCGCCGACGCCGUCAACACCCGCUCCAUCAACGCCUGCAACGUCCUCGCCCUCUCCGGCAUGGCCACCCCGCCCGAGGCCGCGUUCGCCAUCGCCGACGCCUGGCUCGCCACCCCCUUCCGCGCCCCCUGCCCCGCGUCCGGCGACGCCCCUUGGCCGGAGGACAUUCAGAAGUUCCUCGAUGCUGCCCCCGGUGAGAUGGCCUCCAUCCCCGAGGGACCGGCAGCCCCUCCUGCGCCUGACUCCGCCUGCGCCAUCUGUUGCCUGAGGAAGGGGAUGGAGUUCGAGCCGGUGGACAUCAUGCCCGGCGGCGAGAUGCGGAUUGUGCGCGAGAGCCCCACUUCGGCCUACGUCCGGUUCAAAGCUGGAAGCGUGGAGCCGGCCCACCACCACACCUUCGGCCACGACCUGGUGGUGAUCAAGGGCAAGAAGAAGGUGUGGAACUUGACCAAGAAGGAGAGCUAUGGCCUGGUCGAUGGGGACUUCCUGUUCACGCCUGCUGGGGACGUGCACCGCGUCAAGUACUUGGAGGACACGGAGUUCUUCAUCCGCUGGGAUGGGCACUGGGACAUAUUCCUCGAUGAAGACCUCGAGACCGCACGCAAUGCCAUCGAUGCAGAGCUCGGUGUGGUUGACAGUGAGAAGUGAGGAGGUUUGUGAAGGUUCUAUCUUGUGCUUCCACCUUUUUUUCUCCAUCGAUGCAGAGUUCAGUGUACAAUGUUUGUUGCUGGUGCUGGUUCUGGUGACAUCUUUUCAAAUAUGUAUGUUUGCUGGAUGCUGUGCCAUGCUUUGUCGAAUAAAAUGGUGAUACUGGUUGGAAUGCUA